GUGAAUCUCCUCCAAGGGACGAGUUAUCAGAGCAGCUCUUGUAGCUAAUACUCCUCUUCAUAAACAUAUGUAUUAAUCCACAUCGGCUUCGUUUCUUCGAGAGAAACACGGAGCUUAUUUUAGCCACUUCCGGGUUCAGUGACAACAGAUUCGAGCUAUGCCCCGCCUCAAUGAGCCCGGAUUGGCUGCCGGACAACUCGAGAAGGCGUAUCUCGCUCGUGAUUGGACACUUGUCAUUUGAGUGACAUAGCUACAAACGCGAGGACUCCCAGCGGCUGAGGAGCAAGAUAUUUCCUGAUCAAAGAUAAGAAGACGGCCUGAGCUGUAAUAAGGAUAGUAUACAUGGAUUCCUCAUGUUGAUCUUUGCUCUUCCCAGCCUGAGUAGAGCAGUGGUGCGUGCGAGGAGACUGGCAGCUCAACUCACCAAAGCAACAAUGUCCACAGACCAGCAGGGCUCAAGUCUGUUUCACAAUGGGGAUGCUCCCACUGCGGCCAUUCUCAUCAUCGGAGAUGAGAUACUCAAGGGUCACACGCUGGACACAAACAGUGCCUUUCUGACACGAGCGCUAAGGAGGCUCGGCGUGUCCGUCCAGAGAAUCACAGUCAUACCAGAUGUACAGGAGGUCAUCGCCAAAGAGGUGGCCCUCCUUUCACCUCAGUACACACACCUCAUCACAUCGGGAGGCAUAGGCCCCACCCACGAUGAUGUCACCUUUGAGAGCAUCGCCAUGGCGUUCCAGGAGGAGCUGUAUCUCCACCCGGAGCUCAGUCAGCUGGUUAAAGAAUUCUUCGGCGAAGCGGACAAAAGCAGUGCCACCAUGAAGCUGGCCAUGGUGCCUCGCUCGGCCAAACUCAACUAUGGAACUGAUGCUCAGACUGGGAAACUGCUCCGCUACCCACUGGUCAGUGUUCGUAACGUGUACAUCUUUCCUGGGAUCCCUUCUCUGCUGGAGAGGGCCUUCUGUGGUCUCGAGAAACUCUUUGUUGCUUCAGGGAUCACUUUUCACACUUGUGAGGUGUUUGUGGAUGCAGAUGAAGCAGCGAUCGCCCCCGUGCUGACCAAGCUGCAGGCGGGCUGGGGUAAGAAGGUGGCUUUGGGCUCCUACCCUGACUGGCUGAGUAACUACCAUCGAGUCAGGCUGGUCCUGGACUCAAACAGCCAGGAAGAGGUGGACAAAGCCCGGGCACAGCUGCUGGACGAGCUGCCCAAGGGGAGCAUGGUGCCCUUAGUCACUGAUCCAGUGUCCAUCGCCACCGCCGAUGUGUACAUGCUGGCCAAUCAAGACACACCGCUGGGUGACAAAGUUAAGAAUGCUCUGAAAACGAUAGAGGCGGCACUGGAUCAGUAUUCGGCAGAGGAAGUCUGUGUCGGCUUCAACGGAGGCAAAGACUGCACGGCACUGCUGCACCUCUACUACGCUGCAAUGAAACGACGGUAUCCAGAUGGUAAAGACAAGGUGAAAGCUCUCUAUAUCCGUGUCGUCUCUCCGUUCCCAGAAAUGGAGAGAUUCCUCCAGGACACAAUCAAAAGAUACAACCUGGAUCUGUUCUCUGUGGAGGGCAGUAUUCGGCAGGCGCUGAGCGACGUCCAGGAGAGGAAGCCGGAGCUGAAAGCCGUCCUGAUGGGCACCAGGAGGAGUGACCCCUACUCACACACACUCACACCCAUGUGUCCCACAGACCCCGGCUGGCCAGACUACAUGAGAGUCAACCCCUUACUAGACUGGACGUAUCAUGACAUCUGGUCGUUCCUGAGGACGCUGUACGUUCCCUACUGCAUCCUCUACGACAAAGGGUACACUUCACUGGGCAGCAUGGACAACACCUGUCGGAACACGGCGCUGCAGAUGGUGGACGCGCGUGGCGUGACUCGGUACCGGCCUGCCUACCUCCUGGAGAACGAGGACGAGGAGCGGAACUCCCGGGCCUGACGACGCCUCACACCUCAUUACCUGUUGCCCAUGGACACAAAUCACUUACUUGCACUUGCGUUUAAACUCUGUGGUAAAGACAAAUGUGACUUUUUGUUGUCGUUGUCUUCAUGUGAAUAUUUUCAGGAGACUGACUCGUGUACCUGCAGAAUGAGAUUAUGUGUGUGUGUGUGUUACUUGUGUGUCUGAAGUAAUGGCUCCGCGCUGUUAAAUAAAACAUCAAUCCGUCUCA